AUGCCCAAGAGAAAGGAACAGGAUACAGAGAAACUAGUCAGGCUGCUCUUCGAGAUGGCCCGUUUCUAUGCCCCCAGCACAAUAUUUAUAGACGAGAUUGACUCCAGAAAGAGGUCAGAAUCAGAACAUGAAGCAAAAAGAAGAGUGAAGUCGGAGCUUCUAGUUAAGAUGGAUGGAGUUAGUUCUAGCAGUGAAGAUCCUACUAAGCUAGUUAUGGUUUUAGCAGCAACGAGGUUUCCCUGGGACAUUGAUGAUACAUUACGGAGAAGACUGGAGAAAGGGAUAUAUAUUCCUCUUCCAAAUAGUGGUGGACGUGAGACACUAUUAAGAAUUAAUCUCCGAGAAAUAAAAUUGGAUUCAGAUGUGGAUCUAAAGGAUAUUGCAAAGAACUUAGAAGGCUACUCUAGCCUGGAGUCGGACAUAUAG